AAUAAAAAAGCCCUGGAUUUGUUGUGCGAACUGUGAAGGAAAGAGAGCCAAAAAAAAAAAAGGAAAGAAGAAAAUGGAGAAAGGAGCAGAAGCCAAUUGGAGUGAGGAAGUAGAGGAUCUGGUCUCUGCCGGAGACACGCAAGGCGCUAUCUCCUUCCUUGAAAACCUCCUUUCCAAUUUCCAGACGACGUCAUCUUCUUCGUCUUCGUCUUCCGACGACCUCCGAUUAACCUCUGUUCUCUCUGAGUUAGCCUCUCUCUAUUCCUCCGUUGGCUUCUCCCUCAAGUCCGACGAACUUUUGUCACGCGCUUCUUUCCUUAAACAACGCGCCCACUCUUCCAGUUUCAGCGAUGCAGGGCUUGCUAAGAAUGAUUUAAAGGAGGAUACUUUAUCAACGCCUGAUGUUUCUUUCGCUAGAAAGGGCAAGCCUUUGACUCAUGUUCUUUUUGUUGCAAAAGGCAAUCUUGAAAAAUUACCAAUAUCAGGUGAUGAUGGUUCACCACCCAAAUCAUCUUCAGAUGAUGAUUGGGAAGCGAUUGCAGAUCGCGAACCAAAUGUAUUACUCUCCUCUGAAUGCUUGCCUGGAGUAUCAAAUCUUUCAUUGGAGGAUAGCAAAGUUGAAGGCCCUAAGAGACGGGGAAGGGGAACAUUUUCUUAUACAAAAGGUGAAUUGUAUAGUGAUCAACUCUUUGACGUGGCUGCCUCCAAGGAUACAGAAAAUGAGGAUGUGUGCAUAAACUCCGAAACAAAGACAUUGGAAUCUAAAUAUGGCACACAUCAUGUUCUUGUUUUGGCUGACUUUUCGCCAACUACUAGGACAACAGACCUGGAGAAGCUUUUUGAGGACUUCAGAGACCGUGGAGUUGUUAUUUGCUGGGUCAAUGAUACGACAGCCCUUGCAGUAUUUCGAACACCAUCUAUUGCUCUUGAAGCUUGCAAUCAUGUUCGUUGUCCAUUUACUGUACGAAUACUUGAUGAGAAUGAUAUGCUUUUGAGCUCAAUUUCAGCAAGAGACCUGGAACCACCUCGCCAAAGACCGCAGACAUCAGCAAGAACUGCCCAGAGGCUGAUUGCUCAGGGAAUGGGAUUGAAAUUGCCAUCCUCGACCUUUGGGUCUAGAGAAUUGAGAAACCAGGAAGAAGCUAGGAGGAAUCGCAUACUUACAAGGCAAAAAUUGAGAGAUGAUGCCUGGGGUGAUGAUUGAAGCAACUGCUUUUUUUUUUUUUGUUUAUUUCUGCUCAUGUUAAUCCAAACUGCGUUAACCAAGCAAAGGAAAAGAAAAAAACAGAGUUCAUACGACUUGUUUCUCAAUUCUCAAACAGGUUCUGUAAAACAUAGCCAGCGAUUCGUGUAACUCUUCCAUGGACAAGCUGAAUUUGUGAAUCACUGAAUGUACAAAGACUUUCGUUUGUCUUUUCUUCCUUUCUUUACGCUGAAAUACCCUGUUUCUCUCUCCGUCAUUUCCGCUUCCUGCAGGUUGAAGGACAGAUAUAUUGUUUACGAUUCAACUGUUUGUAAUUACCUAUAAAAUAGUUUAUUACAAAACUCUUAGUACUUUUGGCUCUCAGUUGUUAUAACAGUCAACCUUACUCAUCAAGGUCGUCCCUAUGUGCUGAAUAUCUGAGCUGGAUCCAUUGUUUUUGAGUGAGGAGCAAUCUGGAGUUUUCUUCCACUAUGCAAAAUGCACCGUCAUCUGAUCUCCGACAGUGCAUUUGAGUUCUAGUAGUGAUUUAAAAGGGAAACUUGGGAGUGAAUAUGAUAGAGAAUCUCCCCUGAGACGUAGCCCUGGAUAAACUUCCAAGACUUUCUGUCACUUCUAUUAGCCAGAUCAAGUCUGUUUGCAAAGCUUGGUAUGCUUUAACUGGGGACCAAUCCCUCCUUGGCAUGUAUGCUGCUCGUGCAAACAAUAGGAAUCCAGGCAUCAUAUUUCACAGUGUUUGUCUAAAGCAGAACAAGUUGUAUUUCCUUGACUCUGGAGAUGGACCUGACCUGAAUUGACUCGAAGCUAAAAUCUUUUAUUCUUGAAUACCAGGUGGUUGGUUCAUGAAAUGGCCUCGUAUGCAUAGCCGAUGCAAUUUAUUUCAACCCUAUGAUUGUAUGCAAUCCUUUCACUCGAAAUUUUGUAGAAUUGCCCAAGGCAAACGAGUAUCCUGGACGAGAGGUAGCUGUUGGAUAUGGUUACCAUCCCACAACAAAGGAAUACAAAGUCGUACGGUUAUUAUGCUUUGUUAACACUGAUCGUGGAUGCUGGUUAAUGAAAUCAGAUUUCCAGGUUUUCGGCCUUUGUACAGACAAAUGGAGAAGCUUGGGAAGGCUUCCUUUGUCACUUGAUCAAAAUCCCUCCGAAGCAUUGCUAAAUAGGGCUCUCCACAGGGUGACUACUCCCCACAACUUGUGUUCCUGGUCCUUGUCUAUAGAUAAUCUCAUUUGACAUAGCAAUGGAGACAUUUAGAGAGAUCCCACUUCCUGCUGGUGUUAGUCUAGAUAUUUGCAACUAUCACCUGGUUCUUCUAGGAUAGUGCCUUUUUGCGGCUGUUUGCGUUUCAGACGGAAGUACUGAGAUAUGGAUUAUGAAUUAGAAUAUAAUGUGAAGGAGUCAUGGAUCAAAGGUUAUGUCAUCGAAGCAUAUCUGCCAAUUAGUCUGAAUCAAACUGCCACCGUACUCGAGGCCAUGUAAGAAGUCAAAACAAAGUAAAGGAGCUGUAGCUGCUCAAGCUGCCUGUGCUCUGAAGAAUGGAAAGAUUUUGCUGCAGUACAUAAAUGGAGCUUUGGUUUUGUACAACCCUGGGAAUGAGGAGUUCAAAGAUCUGGUCAUCCCUGGGUAGCCAAAAUGGUUUUGCUCAAUUGUCCAUGUUGAAAGUCUAUUAUUGUUUCAGAAAAUUCAGAGGAAAUGUAGUACAAACAGAAAAUGUGCUUUUGCUGAUCAGGCCCAUGU